AAGGGAGAAAGAAAACGCGCGGGCGAGCGAAAUAGAAAGAGAAACAACCUUGUGUAGUAGACCAGUGUGGAACAGAGACUAGAAAGGCUGUAAGAAAGAGAGAGAAAGAUUUAAUUGGUAACGUUAAUUCUUGCUAUAAUAGAGAAAGAUUUAUUGGUUCUUUUAGCAACGAGGAGUUGCCUCUCUGACAACAAUAAUGUUAAUAUCAAGUAGCGUGACAACACAUAGAAGGAAUAAGUAACUCGCUUUCAGACGCAGCGGAUUUCUUUCUACUUUACUUUCUGGGAUAUACGACGACAACAACCAUACCACUUAGGUAUUUCACAUAAGUUCAAUUUGAUUUUAAUUUGUCUGUCUAACAUCAUCAUUCAUAAUCAUGGCUACAGACGAGUUGGCCACUCUGCUAACUCGCCGCAUCAAUAUUAGUGAUGCUCUUGAGGCUGGUGAGACUGUACAGGCAACGGCCAAAGUUUUCAAUCCUUACACGGAAUUUAAAGAAUUUUCCAGGAAAGAAAUCAAGGAUUUGGAAAAAACAUUUAAGAAAUAUGAUGUCAAUAAAGAUAAAUUUAUUGAUAUUGAAGAAUUAAAAGUCAUGAUGGAAAAACUAGGAGCACCACAGACACAUUUAGCCUUAAAGGAAAUGAUUAAAGAAGUUGAUGAAGAUGAAGAUAACAAAAUUAACUUUAGAGAGUUUCUCCUUAUUUUCCGGAAAGCAGCUGCUGAAGAAUUAAACACAGACAGUGGUCUAUACGAGUUAUAUCAAAAUGUAUGGGAAAUAGAUGUGGACAAAGAAGGAGUGAAGGGUGCUAAGAACUUUUUUGAGGCCAAGAUUGAUGCUCAGACAUGGUCAAAGAAAUUUGAAAAUGAAAUCAAGGAAGAACAAGAGGAAAGAAAGAAGCAAGCAGAAGAAGCGAAAGAACGAAAGAAAGCAUUCAAGGAAAAGGCGUCGGUGUUUCAGUAGCCGUAGGAAGUUGUUCUUAAUUUGGCUUCCUUUAGUUUUUUUU